UUCAUGUAUAGUUCACAUCAGUUUACAGUGUAUAUAUAAGUGCUUAUCAUCAAGACCAAGGUUACCAUAUCCAACACUUUUCUCUCUCUCUCUCUCUCUCUCUCUCUCUCUCACGCUCACAGAUUGCUUAGAUAAUGAUUUUCUAACCAACCCUUUUGAUUUUUCUCUCUUUUAUUGUCAUUUCAUUUGCUUGAUCCAUAACUUUGUCAUGGAAUCAUGCUUUGUGUUUUUUUAAUCCUCGGAGAAAGACAAGGAACAAUCUAUGGUUGCUCCAAAGCUGUACCUUUGUACAACAUUUCCCAAUUAGGCCAUCUUUUACCAAUAGAUGAUUCUGUUUACAUUGUUUUUUCAAACUAAACAACUUGGGUGACUCUUGUCCUUGAGCUCUAUAAAGUAGCGAGCGACUUCAAAAAGUCUAGGUCUCUAAGACUCCAAAACAUCUCAGUGAUGAAGCGGUUCAGUAGCUCUGAUAGCUUGGCUGCUUUGAUCUCCAUUAGUCCACCUAAAGAGAACAACACUUAUUGUUACAGUGAGGAUUUCCAUGCAAUGCUAAAUAGAUUAGAGCACGAAGAUUUGGAGGAAGAAACUGGGCUGGUCUUGGGGAAGAAACGGAGACUAAGCUUGGAACAAGUAAAGGCAUUGGAGAGGAGCUUUGAAGUGGAAAACAAGCUAGAACCAGAGAGAAAGGUAAAAUUAGCAGCAGAACUAAGCUUGCAACCAAGACAAGUGGCAAUAUGGUUCCAAAACCGCCGAGCCCGCUGGAAAACCAAGCAAUUGGAGAGGGAUUAUGGGGUUCUUAAAGCUAAUUAUGAUGCUCUAAAGCUUGACCACCAUAAUCUUGAGCAGGAAAACAAGGCUCUAAACUCAAAGCUGAGAGAGCUGAAAUCCAAGCUCUGCAGUGCAAGUUCAGAAAGCAACCACUCUGUGAACGAAGAGUCUCCAAUAUCAGAGUCUGACAACAACGUUUCUGAGCAAAGUAAAGGCCAUGACUUACGUGCAGAGAACAGCAACAAGGCAGUGUCAGUAGACAGCGACUCAAAUGGGAUCAUGAAGGAAGAAAGCAAAAUGAAAUUUUCUCUAUCUUUCAAUGGCUCAUCUUCCUAUUCAAAUCCAUUGGUGAAUAGGCUUCAAUUCUCUGAUCCCAGAACGGUUGUUCCAGCUAAAGCAUACCAACCCCAGAUUGUGAAAAUGGAAGAGCAGAAUUUGUUUAGUACAGAGGAUUCUUGUAAUUUCUUUUCUGUUGAUCAAGCUCCUACCCUCCAUUGGUACUUACCUGAGCAGUGAAACUAGUUCAAAGCCAGGCUCCAACUUCUAAAUUUAUUAGUAUACUUUUUCACAAAGCUCCCCUUGGCCCUUGCACAACAGAAGUGACCAAGUUCCACAUUUUCAGAAUGUGUAGUUUCUUUUUUUUGGUUAAACAGAAUGUGUAGUUUCUUAAUCUUAA